AUGGGUGCGAGCAACAAUCAUCCAACAUUGCCGGCGGAGCGCUUCGCCAAAGGAGUGCCGGACUCCUUGGACUGGAGGUCCUUGAUGGAUGUGCUUUUCCAGCCUUGUCACCAGGCUGUUCUUAUGUACACCUCGGAUCAAGAGUUGCCCGGUCCGCAGCGGCACUUGCGAAAGGAAGUAAAGACUCUCCGGUGUUCUGAGUCUACACCGCUGCAAGAGACGGGCAUGCUUCCUGCGGGCAUGGUCUCCCAGAAGGGGAACAAGCUUCAACCCAACCAAGACUCGGCUUUCUACUUCCACUUUGUGGACUCGGAUGGGUCUCGGAUAUGGUGCGCCUGCGUAUUGGAUGGCCAUGGACCGUUAGGGCAUGAGAUGUCGGCUCUGGGUAUGCAGUGGCUUCCUUUGCUGAUCCUUCGCGAGCCUUUGCUGGCCACUGAUGCUGGGCGCUUGAUCCCAUCUGAUCCACAGACUGUGUUUACGGCAAUUCAGGCAGCCUUUCAAAAAAUCGGGCGGCUGAUGCAGAAGGCGUCCGAGACUGGCUGGGGACCGCGUGGCUACAGUGGCGCAACGUGCACACUGGCUUUUUGUGCACAUGGGCUGCUGCACACAGCGAACGUCGGGGACUCACGGAUGAUUCUGGGCACGCUGCCCGCUCCAAGUGCAAGUUCUGCCAGUGGCCAGUGCGAGCCAGGUGAAAGUCCAAAUAGUCCAAAGAGUCCACGCGAAAGUGCAGCCGAAAGUUCAGGCGAGUGCAGAGUGUCUGGAGUGUGUGACUGCCGUGUUCUCACACGGGACCACAAACCCGAAGACCCAGACGAGCGGCUUCGCAUCGAGCAGUUGGGCGGCAUCGUCGCGCGGCAGCGAGUGUACUUGGAUGAGUGGCCCUACGUUGGCUUGAACAUGUCUAGGAGCCUGGGGGAUGCGAAGCUACAUGCCGUCGGUGUCUCUCACGUACCUGACGUUGCAACCGUGUUUCUGGAAAGCGCAGGUGGCCAGAGUGAUGGCCAGCACCCAGAGUCAAUCGGCUUGAACCUGCAAUUUCUGGUUGCCGCCUCGGAUGGCGUUUGGGACUUCACCGCUUGUGACGAGGCAGCGCAGCUCGUGGGCCAGAAGCUUGAAGCAAGACGGAGGCAGCAGACCGAUAAGACCGGGGUACCGGAGAGUCUGGAUGACGUGUGCGCAGCUCUGGUCCUGCGUGCGCAGCGUGCAUGGGAGGCAGAGUGCCCCGACUUGGAUGACAUCACUGCCAUUGUGGUGUGCAUAGAGCCCGAACCUCCGCGUUCGUAA